GGUGAGGGCGUGCAGUGCUGUGGGAUCAGGUGACUGCUGUGAAAGAAUUCGGUCUAAAUCGAUUGAUUUUAAAAGAAUAGUGAAUUUAGUCUGAAGUUAUAAAUUAAUUUUAAUAUUUCAUUGUUUUGAAUUUAUAAAAGUUAUAUCUAUCAUGGCAAGUCAGAGUCAAGGAAUCCAACAGCUUCUGGCCGCGGAAAAAAGAGCAGCAGAAAAAGUUUCCGAAGCUAGAAAACGUAAAGCUCGCCGUUUAAAACAAGCAAAGGAGGAAGCGCAAGCUGAAAUUGAUAAGUUCAGACAUGAGAAAGAAAGACAGUUCAAAGAAUAUGAAGCUUCACACAUGGGUUCAAGAGAUGAUAUAGCUGCCAAGAUUGAUAUAGACACACGUAUGAAAGUGGAGGCUAUGAAUCAUUCAGUAGCAGCAAACAAAGAAGCUGUAAUAAACCAACUUCUAGAAUUAAUAUGUGAUAUAAAACCUACUCUUCACAGAAAUUUUCAUUUAGGAUAAAGAGCCAGGAUCGUGAAACUAGCAUCAGUGGUCCUGUGGUAUCCUAAAGCAAAAUUGAUUUGUUUUGAUUAGUGAUUGUACAUUUAUUUGAUAUAAUUUUGUUUUUUCUCUGCUUGUGGCCUGUUUAAAAUUAGAUACAAAUGUUUUUCUUUUCUAUCAAACAGAUUCUAGUAGGUUGGUUGUGAAACUGGAUAUUAUAUUUAGUUUUACUGGUUCCUGAGAAUUACAUAAUGAAAAAAUAGUAUUUGACACUAGAUGAUUAAACAUUAUAAAUCUUGUCAAAAGGAGUGUGUAUGUAUCUGAUAAUUUAAUGUAAUGACUGAUCAUUCUCUGUGUAGUGAACAGGUUUCCUAAGAAAAAAAAUAUAAUCACAGAAUCAUUACUAGUGUGAAGAAACAUAGAUGGCUUAAAAUGUGUCAAAACGUAUUAUUACCUCUUUAAAAAUUUGGAACUGUUUAGGAAAGUAAUGUUGAAAAAUCUUCAAUUUUUUAUUAUGCAAAAUACAUGUUUUCAGCUGAGAUUCUGUUGUAGAAUACUUGUGUAAUAAAUCUUUUAAAAAACUUAAAGCAAAAACCCUUGAAGUUUAUAUUUCUGUUGUUAGCAUGUCUUUGAAACAGACUUCAUAAGUUGAAACAGUGAGAUGUUUGUUUGUAAUUUAAGGAAUAUUUGGGCUCAUGUUACUUUUAUCUAACUGAAUAAUAUUAUAAUAUAUACCUACACAGACAUUCUGGUUCUUUCAGAAUGAUGGCAGAAAUCCUUUACACUUCAAUAUAAAAUGAUGGAAUUUUUUGGUUAAAGUCUUUUUUUUUUAGGCUUGAUGCAAUCUCAGAGGUCAGCAAAAUAUUAGACAAUUAUAGAAGUUUCCUCAAAAGAAAAAUCUUAAACUUAUCCAUUGGUUUUGUUUCAGUUGAAAUUUUAAAUCGGAGAUUAACUUCAUUUUCAACUGGUUUGAUAAAGAAUAAAACAAAGUGCUCGUAUGGGUUUAUAAUAACAAUUUCAUUGUUUGAUUCAUGUUGUUGUUUUUUGUCAGUUAAAACUAUACAGAAAUUAUUCAGUUAGUGAAUUGUUAACUAUCUUAAUCAUGUAACAGAUAAUUAAUACUUUAGAACUUGUAAUACUGUCUGCUGAAGUUGUGUGUGUUAAUGAUUAUUAACCUGAUUCAGACUUUUCUGCUUUGAAAACCUUUUUUGUGUCAAAAGUUAAUUAUUUGUGAAAAAUAUUUUGUAUAGGGUGAUUGAAUUUUGUUAUCUAUAUCAAUCAGAUCAAAACUAUUUUAAGUAAUUCUUAAAAGUUAGAGUGCAAACACUGCUUUAAUUAUUAAAAUUGAAGUUCUAAAGUACUUGAAAUAUAUUCUUGUUUAGAAGUAUGUCUAAUUCUUGCAAAAACAUUCAUCAGCUUUUCUUAGGAUCUUUGAUGGAAUAAUCUCUUCAUUAAGUGAAGUAAAAGAGAAGCUUUUGCCUGUAUCUCUGUUUUCAGAUAUACCAAAUUUAAAACAGAAAGACACGUACCCAUGAAAAACAAAUGUAUACAAAAUAUUUAAUGUGUGUAUGUGUAUCAUCGUGAUUAAUAGCUUUAUCUUUUAGUCUUUUUAUGUUAGUACAAAAUUCAUUAUAAGUUUGAAUGGCUUACAGGUUACUCAGGAGCAUUUCAUAUAGAUGUCUCACUUGACUGCAGAUGUUAAUUUUCUCUAUUCGUUCAGUGUAGAUCCUAAGGCCUACCUGCCUGUAAAAUGUAAAUGUUUCAUUUUGGACAUAGUAAAAUAUUUGCAAAUCUUACAAAAUGCUAGAAGAAGAAAAAAUCACCAAAAUAUAAUCGUUAGAUAUUUUUUUGUCAGAAGUUUAUCCUGGUAGUAUUUUCUUUAAUGAAAUUUCAAAUUAUACAGAAAAAAAUUUGAAUCUUCAAAAUCAAUAUUGUUAAAUAAAACUUUUAAAAGGAAAAUAUCUAGUAUAUUAAAGUAGUUGUUUAAUGUAAAAUCUUUAACCUUUUGAAGUGGAAGUAGCAAUAUCUUCUGUGAAAAAAAAAUUGUUUAUUUAAAAGAAACAUUGGUAUUAUCAACAGAAAGAGCUCAUCUUUUCUGUUUGGAUACAUUCCACAACAUCAAAUCCGGACACUUAAGCUAAUGUUUGCAUUCAUAUUGUUUGAUGUUUAUAAUAGUAUUUGAAAAUUACAAAGUAGAUCGUGUUUAACAUUUGUGUAUAUAAAUAUUUACACACAUGUAACUUAUAAUUAUAUCAAUGUAUAGUAAUAUCCAUUCAGUACAGUAUCAGGAAUCCCAAAGAGAUUAAAAUAAUUGUUGAAGUUUUGCAUAACAGUGUUACUGAUGUAGAAAAAAUUGUGUCAUUAGCAUUGUUAAAUAAUUUGUCAUUGUAUUUUGCAGUGUUCAUUGUUUAGAUUAUUAUAAUCCUGUUUAGAAAUUAAUUUUAUGUAACGUCCAGGUGUAAUGGUAAACUGAUUCAUAGUCAUUGAUGUAUCUCUAUGUUUGGAAAACAUUGGAACUAUAUGUAUAUAUUCUCUUGACUGUAGAUGAAGGAAAAUAAAGACACAUUCCUGUGAGAUCAAAAAUG